UUCUGUGUCGUUUUGCCGGGAAUGCAAAUACCACGUGUCUCCAAGCCGGCUGGAAGUCACUGCAGUUUGAUUCACAUUUUUACAGAGAGGACUUGUAAGAUGGCGGCACGGUGGGGAACGGGCGAGGAGAUAUUAAACGCCUGUAAUAUGGAGUAUUUUUCAACGUCGAAUAUUGACGAGGGUGAAAUACUCCAGAAUGGUCUAUGCAACCUGCAGCACCAUGGUCUGGACAAUGCAUUUGAGGCCUGUUUGGAUUCAUGCAUUCUUUCCAUUUUUGACUCCCCAAAUGAAACGGGUAACUGUGAUAUUGAAGAAAGUGAGGCAACACUACUCAUGGCUCUCACUGAAACGCUUGACAGUGUAGAUGACGAGAACCUUUCUCCUUUUGACACUCUACCCGACAGUGAGAUUUUCCAAAGCCAGAAGGCCCAUGAGCACUUCUUGAUAAGUGACAGUGCAGAAGAUGAUGCUACUUUUUCCAAGCACACACAAGAUUUGGGUACAACAUCUCUGGAUGAAUUGGACUGGUGCCUUCCAAUAUCCUUGGAGAAGGAUGGGGAGAACAUGUCUGUAACUCUCGGUGACUUGGUCAAGCACAUGCACCCAUACUCCAUGACUUUGUGUUUGGAGGGAGAGGAUCAGCUUCUGGCCAGGGAAGGAAUUGUGCUUGAGGUGGUGGAUGGGGGAGAACAUGGGGAGCCCAUUCUGGCCAUCCCUGACCUGAGCUUCCCAUUCCCUCUGCUUAGUGGAGACAUUGCAGAUGGAGAACAAGGGGUCCCAGGGAGCAGUUUGCAAAGUGCUGAGUUUAAACCAGAUGACAUCCCAGCAGAGGUGGCCUCCUCCAAAGAUUCGGUAGUCAAGACUGACAAACCUGAGAUUGAGGGAGUUACAAAGCAGGAAAAAUCUUUUCAAAAAUGUCAGUUGAACAGGAAAAAGAAACUGAAAGCCAAAGAAGCCCAACCUGUUGACAGAAGAGUUUUGAGGAGUGCAUCAUCUAAAAAGGUAGUAGAGGAACCCAUUAAGGCAUCUACAGAAGAGCAAAAGAAGAAGAAAAGGGUGACAUUUGCACCUGUUCUCACUGAGCUGUGUAAAGCUGAAGGUUCAUCAGCGGCGAAAAAACCCGAGGCACAUGCUACAGAGGGGAGCCCUUCCUCCACUUCAGUAACCCCCACACCCACGUAUAUUACCCAAGCCAGUCGCGAAUGUGACCUGCUCAUUCAGGAUGAAAUCACAGAAUCAAAGAAUUUAGAUGUAACAAAACCCAUACUAGCUGCAGAACCUCUUGAAAAAGAGCAGGGUUGGGCAGAGGUACAGUCAAAUGAAGCCAAACCAAAAACGCUAAGUUUAGAGCAGUAUCGCCUUCUUCGUCAGCAGAAGAAACUGUGUUCUCUGGAGAAAACUAGGGACCACAGCACUAAAUGGCCCACAUUGGCAGAAGCACCUAGAGAGCUCCCUCUAAUUCCCUGCUUAUCUGUCCCAAGCCCCCGAGACCCACGUUGCACUGCUCCCACUCCUGUGAAGAAGGAGCCUGCCCCUGAAAUUAUGACAACCUGGCAGCCAAGAGGCCCAGCGGUCCCCCCAACUCCUGAGGCUUUACUGAUCCCACCAGCUUCAAUACUGUCUUCCUCUAGAAAACCAGCACCUCCUAAAUCGGCCCCUCAGUCUCCCUCUAAACCUACACACAAUUCGGCCCCGAGCCCUUCAAUACAGCUUAACCCCCAGAAACUACCUGUUCUAACAUGUGUGUCAAACAACACUAUUAAUAAUAAAGUCUCCCAGACUGCUAAGCGGAUCCCAGCUGAAAAUGCUGUGUGUCUACCAGUGGCCUCUGCAACUGGAGCUCCUCAGAGUAUGCAUACAGCCAGGCAUGCAGAGUGUUUACAAGAUGCCACUUCAUUUGGUCAGGUCAGCAUAGCGACUCCACCGGAAGCUCCAUUUAGGAUUCAGGAUAUACCCGGGCCAGAAGCUGAGACUGCAAUGACCACUAGAGACACUACAAACAUUCAUAUCUCCAAGGAUGCGAGCAUUGGGCCAGAAGAAGCUGUCUGCCUAAAGAAAGUAGCGGUGCAUGAUGUAGAAGCUCCUGUGCCUGAAUCAGCGAAGCCCAGCCUGCUGGUCAGAUGUGCCAGGCCUGCUGCAGACUCCCAGCACCAUGUUGCCCCCGUAGCUGCUCAGUCUUUCAUCGCAUCAGGUCCUGUUCAGGCCAGAAUUGUGAAGCUGGCGGAGCAGAUGAGGAUGGCCUCUGCUCCAGUUCCCAAAACGCAGAGUCCUGUCGCAAAGCUAGUGAAGUCCUUAGCCCCUGAAAUUGGUAUUGAAGCCACUGACCUCGCCAGCCUCUUGGAACAAUUUGAGGAGACUCAGCCCAAAGAGGAGCACACUGUGUCGGAGGUCUGUGGUAGAGUAGCUGCUGUAGGAAACUCCAGUACAGAGGAGCAGGCUGAGUCCAAGGCCCUCAAGAAAGCUUACAGUCCUGACCUGGGCAGCACUGCAGGUCUUACUCCACCAGCCACACCUCCUCAUCAGAUGUGGAAGCCAUUGGCCCCAGUUGCAUUAUUAGGAAAACCAAAGAAAUCUGAAGUGCCCAAAUUAACUCCAGGCAAGGUCAUUACAAUAGAGCCUCGGCCCUUACCUGCAAGCAAGCUGCAGAACAGGGCUCCCACUUCCUCUGUUACCCUGGGGCGAACCCAGCCAUUUUCUCUAGACCACGACUACUGCCUCCUUCCUAAGGAAUCCCCCAAGAAUGAGCUGAGCAGUCGCUGGAGCAUCAAACAACAACCUAGCGCCAUCAUCAAGGCUGUUGUGCUGCCCUCUACCAACAAGACACCUCAGCAGAGUGCCUCCAAGCUCCCUCCAACCCCUGCCACUGCAGGAAGCCUGGAGAAAAACCCCAAGCCCAGUCAUCCUCUUGAACCUAGGAGUCAGUGUGAGCAGAAACCCUUGACGACAAGAACAAUCACACUGACUCCAGAUGCUUCACCAGACCGGCUGGAUUCUGAGGGUUCUUUGCAGGAUGAGGGCAGCGGCAUACACCAGAGAUUCCAAAGAUACUCCGAACGCUCCCCCAGCCCAUGCUGCCACAAGAGAGGCCGCUCCCAGAGAACAUACAGGAAACGUGUGUGUAGCAGCUCUGGGUCCAGAUCCAGCAGCUCUGGAUCCUCCAGGUCCAGGUCACGCUCCCCCUCACCAUCCAGGAAAAGGUGUAGGUCUGGUCACUCAGGCAGCAGUUCCACGUCACCUUCUAGAUAUCGCUCCUGCUCCCCGUUGCCUUCCCCUCCGCGCCAGCGCAGGUCAUCAUAUUCCAGCUCUGGGUCCUGGAGUCGUAGCCGAUCCAGGUCCCGGUCCCGGUCCAGAUCCCGGUCUCGAUCUCCUGCACACAGACCUCGACAAUGGAACAUGCAUUGCAGCCCUAGCCAUAGGUCGUAUUACCACUAUGAUUCAAGAGAUCAUAAUGAGGAUAUCAGACGACGCAAGGAGAAGGCUAUCGAGGAGCGAAGAGUCGUUUAUGUCGGACGCGUUCACGGAGGCAUGACCCGUAAGGAGCUGAGGGAACGCUUCUCCUUCUUCGGAGAGAUUGAGGAAUGUACUGUGCACUUCAGAGAGCAUGGUGACAACUAUGGCUUCGUCACGUACUACAACAAAAAGAAUGCAUUUGACGCCAUUGAGAAUGGGGGCAAGCUGCGGCAGCCGAACGAGCUCCCGUUCGACCUGUGCUUUGGGGGCAGAAGGCAGUUUUGCAGGACCAGUUAUGCUGAUCUAGAUUCAAAUCGAGAUUUUGAUCCAGUCACUGCAAAGGGCAGGUUUGAUGCACUAGACUUUGACACUUUACUUAAGCAGGCUCAGAGGAGCCUUAAAAGGUAACAAUGAGGAACAGGGACAUGGAGAAUGGAUGCGGAACAGGGAUACGGAGGACGGAUGAAUUACCUCAGUGCUACAGGAUGACGCACACUCCUUCCGAUGCUGCCAUUCAAUUAAUGUCUUUUGGUUGUUUUUUGGGGGGGAGGGGUUUCCAUUAGUGGUUUUGUUUCUGCAAGCUUACACCUUCAAUUGAAUGAAGAUUUGUAUUAAAAAUUAAAAGAGGAAAAAAAUAAUACAGUAAAGCAAUGUAUUGAAAAGUAAGUUUUUAAAGGGAGGUUUAUUUAAAUGUUUAACUUUAAAAUGUUGUAUACAUUUUAAGAACUAAAAAAAGUAAGUUGAACAACCUCAGUGUUCUGAGAAUAGAUUUACAUUACUGCAAAUGUAUUUCAACCUAAAUAAACCUUUAAUGUAUUUUA